GUUUUAUUUAUUUCUCUGAUAUACACACAGAAGCACACACCAUUCUGUCUAUUUAUUUCUCUGAUAUACACACAGAAGCACACACCAUUCUGUCUAUUCCUCACUCUUUCUUUUUAUAUUUGUAUCUUCUUUAUAUCUCGCUGUCUAUAUGUCUUCCCC